GGGAUGCUAAUCAAUACAGCCAGACAGACGAAGAGAGGGGUUAGAGGGGAAACCAUUUCGGAAAGGAAGCUGUGAUUUAGUGUGCCGCUGUUUGUGUUGCUAAACACUUGAUUAAUUAUUACUCAUGUAGUCGCUAAAAUCUCUCAAAAUGGCGGUUAAAACUUUCUACAUGGUGAAGUACCGUCUGAAACUGCAUUGUGCGAUUGUCAUCUUGUGCUACCUUGUUUUGUUUUUGUUGAUUCCCGGGUAUGAGGCUAUAGAGCAGAAUGGGACCUAUGUCUCUUUUACUCUGGAGGACUUCAAGUGUACUGUACCCGAUGUUACAAGCGUUGAUACGGAACUGGACUUGUCGAGAUUUAGAGCAGACUUUUCAAAAAUAUCUGAGGUCAAAUUUCCAAGUCUAAUCGGCCCGCUGAACGAGAAACUCAUAUGCAAAAUAAAAUGCAUCGAUGGAAACUGGGUUGGUCCCCUUUGCUCCAACACCGAAGAUGGUCGCUACCAGCCAAUAUUACGGGAGUGCGCUUACAACAAAGAUCAAUUCCCGUUGCUGUCGAUCACCUUCAAAAACUCCUCCAUUAUGGAGCCGACGUUGUUUCCCCACGGGUCGGUGGUGGCGGCGCGAUGUAGACUCCUGGGGCUCUACAAGCUGAAGGGGGAAGGCUCUAUGCGCUGCGAGAAUGGCGAGUGGACCCCGCGCUUCCCUGAGUGUGUGCCAACCACACUCAUCACCAACUUUACAGGGGACGCGCCACCCACCAUCCUGUACACGCUGGUCUCCGGCUCAGCGGCGGUGGGUCCUGAGGGGGCGCUGCACGUGUACCCCGACAGCUCGCUGCGCCUCGACUGCAUCACCAGGCGGUCUACCGGACACCCCGACUGGGCCUGGACCAGACCUGCCGAGUCUUCGCCAGAGUGGUCUCCCGAUGCUGCGGAGAAGGACACCCACUUCCGGCUGACUCUAAACAAAGUGACGCCUCGUCACAGUGACCAGUACACCUGCACCACUGCUACUGGUCACACCAACACUAUCACCAUCAAAGUUGUCCACGUGGUUUGCCCGCAACAAAACGAAUCAAGCCCUCCUUUAAUAGCGUUCUCUGAGGGAACGCGCCUCGGUCACUCCGUGCACUUCAGCUGCCGUAAGGGGUUCCAUCUGAAUGGAGCCUCCGUCAUCACCUGCGGCAGUGAUGGUUUGUGGUCAGCCCCAAUACCGACGUGCGUGGAGACCUUCUGUCCUGUUCUACGGUCGUUAGGGCCACACCUGAGCGUGGUUGAGUAUAACUCCUCGUUCGGGGGCCGUGCCGUAUUCGCGUGCUCGUGGGGCUACCGGCUGAUCGGACCCCCCGGGCUGGAGUGCGAGCAGGACGGAACGUGGUCCGGGGAUAUACCAUCUUGCAUGCCGAUCUACUGCCCGAAACCUGUGGUUCCAGAAAAUGGGCGUCUUCUGACUGAAGCUUCGAACCGAGACGGCAAAUAUCCAGUAGGAGACCUCAUGAUAUACACAUGUGAUGAGGGUUUCCAGUUCGUCGGGGAGUCUUCGAUCGUCUGCACUGAGAAUGGAUUUUGGUCUCACCCUCCUCCAUUCUGUGUUCCCCCCUCGGAGGUCAGGAAGUCUGACACUAUCUAUCUGGAGAAUACUACUCUAGUCCACGUAGACGAGUAAUCUCUUAUACUAUUAGUGCUUUAGGAUGGGGUGACACCUGUCAUUUAGGAACAUUUUAGUUGGGUGGGACCGGGUGGGACACUAAAAUGUUCCUAUCCGACAGACGUCACCAUCAUUUUAUAUCGCGCUAUGUAGCUUAGUUCAUAAGAUGCCCGUUUCCGAUUGAAGAUUUGGGCGAAGUUUUGGACAAAAUGUCGAAUUUAACUUGCCUCCUUCAAUCAUUCUGGUUCGAUUGAAGGACACAAGCUUCAGCCAGAUUGUCCAUCACUUCUGUGGAAUUGUACUGUAUUGAAAGGCUGCUAGUGUAUGCAUUUGUGAUGGGGAAACGGGGCAGUUUAGAUGAUAAACUCAUAGGCGUUUAGUAAAUUGCCUACUUAUUUAUCGUUACUGUAGGUAAUUUUAAUAAGAUGUUGGCACCGACCGGAUCUUCAAUGUAGUUUUACAUACUUACUUCAUGGAAUGUUAUUUAAGGUACUUAUAAGUAACUAAUUAAACAUCAUUAUGAUUAUAAAAAAGGGUAAAUAGAUACGACGGCUUAACUUUAUUAAUAAUGCUUAGGAUAAAAUUUAAAAACCGAAGCAUUUUUUAAGUAGGUAAAUUGUUCUCUUUAUUAAAUUAAAACUAAUUAAAAUAAGUACCUACUUUAUAAAAAAUAUAUUUAAAAAACAUUAACUAGACUAAGUGAGUGUCUAUCAUGAAAUAUAAUAACUUUAAACAUUGAAUUAACCUAUUUAUUGAUAUACUUAAUCUAAAUUUUAUUACAAGGUGCCAAGUUCUAGUACUUCUACUGAGUAAUAGUAGUACCUACUUCGGCACCAACGUAACUACGUUUAAUUAUUAUUAUUAUGCUAUCAUGAUACCUGCAAUGUCAUUAAAUUAGUUAAGUGAAAGCUAAAAUUAACCUUUUUAGACUAAAACCUAGAUUUAAAAACGUGACAUGCCACAGCAUUGUGGCUGGGUGCCCAGUUGGCUGAUGGCAUCACCUCUUACUUAUACAGGGUGUUGCAAUUGUUGUAAGUAUCUCCAUAGAAACUUUGUUGGAUUUUUAGCAACACCCUGUAUAGCUUAUAGCCAUGCUUAAAGGUACUAUUCCGUGCAUCGCGACAGUCGUAGGCUGCGCGCGGCUUACGGCUGUCGUCGGUCGGUCGCUCGCGACAAUAGUCAGAGUAAAUAUAAAUGUAUGGUAGCGUCUUCGACGACUGCGACAGACGCGCGCGGCGGUGUCUCGAAAUCUACGGAGUAAAUUUCUAAGUUAUCGCUUACAACUAUCAUUUUUAGAUUCAGUUUCCCAAGAAAAAACAAGUACUGUUGAUGAGGAACACUCCUGCAUUGCGAUUCUGUAAAAUCAAACUUCACUUCGCAUCUCACUUCGAUCUUCAUUCUCCCUACACCUUUCACUUCACGUUCGAACAGUAAUGACAUUAUAUAUGUCAUCUCAUACAUUAUUUGUCAAAAUCUCGAAAUUGCUUUAAUUCUACUCACUUCCACUUCCAACCUUGUAAGGAUGUCGCUAGUGUGCAUUCGAUGUGUCUACGGAAAUUACAGAAUGCCAAUUUGAAAACUCACUCCGGAUUCAGAAUCGAGUUUUGACAAUUAGCUUUAUAGAAUCGCAAU